UUAAAAUAACUCCGGUUUGAAGAGGUGCAGACGGGACUAGCUUCCCUGGCGGAGUGGCACUAAAUCCACAGCGCAACAGACUACCGGUGCACAGUUCACCGCUGAGCUCGAGCCAGACAGAGUGCGCUUAAACUGGAGGGUUUAACUCUGGGAUGCUUCUGUGUGGCGUCUAAUAAACAACAAUAAUAUAUAUUUUAGCUCACUAACAACUUCAUCUCCACUGUUUGGACCGUCUAAGGAGCAGUUUGUUCCCGUGUUUUGUCCAAACCGCCGGGACUUCUCGACACUGGAAGGACUUUAAACUGAACUCAAGAUGUCAAUUUUGCCUUUCACUCCCCCCAUUGUCAAAAGACUUUUGGGCUGGAAGAAGGGAGAGCAGAACGGCCAGGAGGAGAAAUGGUGUGAAAAGGCGGUGAAAAGUCUGGUGAAGAAGCUGAAGAAGACAGGACAGCUGGACGAGCUGGAGAAAGCAAUCACCACCCAGAAUAUCAACACAAAAUGCAUCACUAUACCGAGGUCUCUGGAUGGCCGUCUGCAGGUCUCCCACAGAAAAGGUUUGCCCCACGUCAUCUACUGCCGUCUGUGGCGCUGGCCCGACCUGCAGUCCCACCAUGAGCUGCGGGCGGUGGAGCUGUGCGAAUAUGCCUUCCACACGAAGAAGGAUGAAGUGUGUGUCAACCCGUAUCACUACCAGAGAGUAGAGACGCCAGUACUCCCACCAGUGCUGGUGCCCAGACACACAGAAAUCCCCAGCGAGUUCCCACCUCUGGAUGAUUACAGCCAUUCAAUCCCAGAAAACACCAACUUCCCUGCUGGUAUCGAGCCCCAGAGCAACUACAUACCAGAAACGCCACCACCAGGCUACCUCAGUGAGGAUGGCGAGACCGAUCACCAGAUGACCCACAGCAUGGACACAAGCUCCCCAAACUUGUCACCAAACCCCGUUUCACCCACACACAGCAACUUAGAUCUUCAACCAGUGACAUACUGCGAGCCGGCCUUCUGGUGCUCUAUCUCAUACUACGAGUUGAACCAGCGAGUAGGAGAAACCUUCCACGCCUCACAGCCCUCGCUGACAGUGGAUGGCUUCACGGACCCCUCCAACUCGGAGCGUUUCUGCCUGGGCCUGUUGUCCAACGUCAACCGCAACGCAGCUGUGGAGUUAACGCGCAGGCAUAUUGGCCGUGGUGUGCGGCUGUAUUACAUCGGAGGAGAAGUCUUCGCUGAGUGUCUCAGUGACAGCGCCAUCUUUGUCCAGAGCCCCAACUGUAACCAACGCUACGGCUGGCACCCUGCCACAGUCUGCAAGAUCCCUCCAGGAUGUAACCUGAAGAUCUUCAACAACCAGGAGUUUGCUGCCCUGCUAGCCCAGUCAGUCAACCAGGGCUUUGAGGCUGUGUACCAGCUCACGAGGAUGUGCACCAUCCGCAUGAGCUUCGUCAAGGGCUGGGGAGCCGAGUACAGGCGACAGACAGUGACCAGCACCCCCUGUUGGAUCGAGCUGCACCUGAACGGCCCCCUGCAGUGGCUCGACAAGGUGCUCACACAAAUGGGCUCCCCCAGCAUCCGCUGCUCCAGCGUCUCUUAGGGAAACCCUUCAUCCACCCACUUCCUGUCAGUGACUAAGAAAACACAUAGACUGCACGCAGGCAAGAACGGCUACACAAACCCGGAAAGAUGACGAGCCCCCCUCACUCAGCCAAUCCUCACUCUGUAACUCAGUCCUUCCUCCCCACCAGCUGUCAGUAGCACUUUUUAUAUACAUGUUGUUUGUGGCAAAAGGGGACAAGUGCAUUAAAGCAGUACCAUGUUAGUAUGAUCUCCACAGUUUGUCCUGAAUUAUUAUUCUGGCAGAUUUUAAAGUGCCAGAAAGGCUGUAGCAGUGGGAGGAGGGUUUUUUUGUUUGUCUUUUCAGUUAAGAGAUUCUUAUUUCUUUCCUCUUUUGUUUAAAUUUCAUUUUUCAUGAUUUUUACGUUUGUUUUGUACAGAUGUUAACAUUAACCGUGGACAUAAAAAUGAACUUUUGUAAGCAUUAAUGACAGUUUUGUUCAACGUUUAAGAUCAUGUAAAAUGCAUGUCACUUGACUUUGUUUCUGUAUUUGGGCAUUUGAUAGGUUAUGAAGACAUUUACAAAUGUGACCCAGAGAGACGGAUUGAAAAUGAUCAUAUAACGGAGAUGUUAACCACCGUUUUUAAACACUGUGUGAAGGAAUAUACUGUAAGCUGUAAUCUGUUUAGGUUUUCAUACUGUCAUUUCAUGCAGUCUAUGUCACUCUGACUCGGCAGAUAACAGUGUUUAACUCAACAUCUGAGUUUCAUACAGGAACAAAUGUUACAGUAAAAACAAGAAAUCAGUCACUCUAGAUAAAGCAGACGGGAGGUACAACCUUUAAACCCAUACAUGAGUACUUAAAGACAGUGGCAUUCAUCAGAUGUCAUCAGGAGGAUGAUGCACUUUUGUAAAAUGUUAAUAUUCUCAUGAGGCAAUGCUGGCAGAGAACAUUCAGUUGUAGUUCACAGCUGCAAUAAGGUUAUAUGAAAUAUUUUCCUGCAUUAAUUUCAGGAAGCUUUGCCAAUUUGCAAAAUACUUUUGCAUUGUACUGUGUAGUAGGUAGCAUAGGAUCACACAGAACUUGAAAACAUCUCACAGACUGCGCUAUUCUGCAAACCUGUAGUUAAAUUAUCAUUUGAACACACAUGAUGUAGUUGGAAUACGUGUGUGCUCCGCAGACGGCUGUGUAAAGAGAGCAGGAAGAUGCCUUUGCUUUUUAUUUUUUAAUUUUCUUUCUCAGCAGUCCAUAACAUUGGUCUUAUUUUUAGCCAUCAGUGAUAUCGACUUUUUGCACACUCAGGACCGUAAAAGAAAAAAAAAAGCUGAAUUAUGUACAGAAACCAGUGAAAAGGACAGAUGCAUGACUCUCGAGACUUUAAAAUCUAUUUUGCUACCAAUUAUUUUUGUAGGACAGUUAAGGUGAUAACUAAGUGUUUUUGCAUGACAUGACAGAAAAUACUGCGAGCAGGUGUGGGGAUACGAACAUCGUAUUUUUGUACCUGUGAAGACGAGGCAGUUUGAGUACAAAGCACAGCUUUCUACAAAGGGAAAUGUUUAGACAGAUAGAGGCGUGUAAAUAACAGUAGUAACUAAUAACUCCUCGAAAUCUGAAGUCUCUGUAUUUUUUUUUUUUUUUAGCUCUAUGUACAUGUAGUACAUACUUAUAUACAUGUGUUAUAAUGUGACCGUUAACCUUUAUAAUGUUGAUGGUUUUGGAAAACAGAGGCUCAAAAAUGCAAAAGUUGUUGAGUAAAUAUUGAGAGAAGCUUUUGCUGGAAUAGGAAAGCAUAGUCUUAGUUUGGGUCCUGUUUCCUGUCAGCUACCCGCUGUGGUGGAAGUGGAUCGAUUUCCUUCUGGUUCUAUAACACUAGACAAAGACACAGUGGGCGAGCACGGACGAUGUAUUGAACCCUUUUACAGUGCUUAUUUACAUUAAACCAGCUUUUGAUGUUAAUGCCAGCCCAGUGGUGCUAAUCUUUAACAUUUUAGGGACUCAAGAGAACAGCAAAGCCAUACGAUUUUAAAGCUGGUAGAUUUUUAAUCUCUAUUAAAUGAUGAUGACUUGUUCAAACUAUAAUGUGGGAUUGUUUCAGAGACAGUAGCAUCUACCGAUCUGAGACAAGACAGCUCUCUGUAGAGCUUCUAGUGUCCUUAAACGCAGCAAUCCUGACCCUGAUGGGCUCUUUAACCCCGCGGUCAAUGUAAUUACCCAGUAGGGAAUAUUUUGCAAACAAAUUUGUCUUUUUUAUACACUCUUCAAGUUAUAGUGCUUGUGCUUUCCCCCUGUUUAAAUUGUUCACUGUAAUCGUUAUUAUUAGUCGUGAUUUAUGUGUUUGUGCUUUGAAUUGGUCUCUUUAGAUGUCUUGUAUAAAAUUAUACCCUUUAUUUUUCUCUGCCUAUAAAAAGUUGAUGUGAUGCUCUAUAUUUUUGUUUAUUUUUGUUGGUCUAUGAAUAAAAUAUAUAUCUCAUGGUGAUACUGGGGCCAAGUAA